AGAGAUUCUCCUGCCUCAGCCUCCGGAGUAGCUGAGACUACAGGUGUGUGCCACCACGCCCGGCUAAUUUUUGUUUGUUUGUUUUUAGUAAAGACGGGGUUUCACCAUGUUGGCCAGGCUGGUCUCGAACCCCUGACCUCAAGUGAUCCGCCCGCCUCGGCUUCCCAAAGUGCUGGAUUACAGGCGUGAGCUACUGCGCCCAGCCUCACAUGUGAAUUUCUUUAAAAACACCACCAGCAAAACCCCACUAUUCCCAUUUUACUAAGAAAGGUGCUGAAGUCCAGAGAAGCAGAAAAUGUUCUCAUAAUUUACGCUGAAAGCUGCGUCCUCAAGUUCCGGUUUCCCAUCUCCCAGCCGCACUCCAACUGCUCGCGCAGUCCCCACAGUGUACCUGCCCGCCCAGCCGGCCCCAGCAAGCCCCAGGAAGCGGUCCGCUGAACCUCGGGCUCUUGGGUUUUCCUAUGCCCCCUGGAGGUAUCUGCAAACCUCUCGGCAUCGCUCCACCACACCUCCCACCAGCAGGUGGCACUGUUGCCAUCUCCAUAACAUAGACUGGCCUUCCUCGUGGUGCUCAUGUUUUCCUAAGUCCCCGGGCACUUCCGGCACUCGCGGAACUUUGAUGCAGCUGGAUGCGCAACGUGGGGACUCAGGCGCGCCGGGCGGCAGGAGUUGCUUCCGGCCGUGUAGGUGGUCUGAAUUGGGAGGCUGCGGCUAAGGGAAGAUGGAGACAAUACUGGAGCAGCAGCGGCGCUAUCAUGAGGAGAAGGAACGGCUCAUGGACGUCAUGGCUAAAGAGAUGCUCACUAAGAAGUCCACGCUCCGGGACCAGAUCAAUUCUGAUCACCGCACUCGGGCCAUGCAAGAUAGGUAUAUGGAGGUCAGUGGGAACCUGAGGGAUUUGUAUGAUGAUAAGGAUGGAUUACGAAAGGAGGAGCUCAAUGCCAUUUCAGGACCCAAUGAGUUUGCUGAAUUCUAUAAUAGACUCAAGCAAAUAAAGGAAUUCCACCGGAAGCACCCAAAUGAGAUCUGUGUGCCAAUGUCAGUGGAAUUUGAGGAGCUCCUGAAGGCUCGAGAGAAUCCGAGUGAAGAGGCACAAAACUUGGUGGAGUUCACAGAUGAAGAGGGAUAUGGUCGUUAUCUCGAUCUCCAUGACUGUUACCUCAAGUACAUUAACCUGAAGGCAUCUGAGAAGCUGGAUUAUAUCACAUACCUGUCCAUCUUUGACCAAUUAUUCGACAUUCCUAAAGAAAGGAAGAAUGCAGAGUAUAAGAGAUACCUAGAGAUGCUGCUCGAGUACCUUCAGGAUUACACAGAUAGAGUGAAGCCUCUCCAAGAUCAGAAUGAACUUUUUGGGAAGAUUCAGGCUGAGUUUGAGAAGAAAUGGGAGAAUGGAACCUUUCCUGGAUGGCCGAAAGAGACAAGCAGUGCUCUGACCCAUGCUGGAGCCCAUCUUGACCUCUCUGCAUUCUCCUCCUGGGAGGAGUUGGCCUCUCUGGGUUUGGACAGAUUGAAAUCUGCUCUCUUAGCUUUAGGCUUGAAAUGUGGCGGGACCCUAGAAGAGCGAGCCCAGAGACUCUUCAGCACCAAAGGAAAGUCCCUGGAGUCACUUGAUACCUCUUUGUUUGCCAAAAAUCCCAAGUCAAAGGGCACCAAGCGAGACACUGAGAGGAACAAAGACAUUGCUUUUCUAGAAGCCCAGAUCUAUGAAUAUGUAGAGAUUCUUGGGGAACAGCGACAUCUCACUCAUGAAAAUGUACAGCGCAAGCAAGCCAGGACAGGAGAAGAGCGAGAAGAAGAGGAAGAAGAGCAGAUCAGUGAGAGUGAGAGUGAAGAUGAAGAGAACGAGAUCAUUUACAACCCCAAAAACCUGCCACUUGGCUGGGAUGGCAAACCUAUUCCCUACUGGCUGUAUAAACUUCAUGGCCUAAAUAUCAACUACAACUGUGAGAUUUGUGGAAACUACACCUACCGAGGACCCAAAGCCUUCCAGCGACACUUUGCUGAAUGGCGUCACGCUCAUGGCAUGAGGUGUUUGGGCAUCCCAAACACUGCUCACUUUGCUAAUGUGACACAGAUUGAAGAUGCUGUCUCCUUGUGGGCCAAACUGAAAUUGCAGAAGGCUUCAGAACGAUGGCAGCCCGACACUGAGGAAGAAUACGAAGAUUCAAGUGGGAAUGUUGUGAAUAAGAAGACCUAUGAGGAUCUGAAAAGACAAGGACUGCUCUAGUGUUCAGGGAUGUAGCUCAGCUUUUGGGCUAGCCCAGGCUUCCCUGAGAUCUGCUUUUUCUAUUUCUCCCAACCAAAUCCUCUUAAAGACCCUUUGCUAUGUAGUCUCAUGGUCUAGCAUGCAUCUUGUAGAAACAAGACAUGCUGGCAGAUUGCAGGGUUGAGAUGUGUUUUAUCUGUUUUAUAUUUUAAAAGAUUCUGCCAGAAAAUAAAACCACACCUUGUUCUAAAGCCCAGG